UCCUCCAUCGCCUCACUCGAGCUUCAGCCGGUCUCAAGGCGGGCUGUCUUACGCCAACUGCCGUGAUAACAAUAAAGUUCAACUAUUUACAUACUUAAUUAAGUUAUUGAAACAAAUUAUUAAAUAAAUAUGAGGGAAAUUGUGCACCUGCAAGCCGGACAAUGCGGGAACCAGAUUGGCGCUAAGUUCUGGGAGAUCAUAUCGGAGGAGCACGGCAUCGACCCCACGGGCGUGUACUGUGGCACCAGCGACCUUCAGCUCGAGCGGAUCUCCGUUUACUACAAUGAGGCCUCUGUUGCGACGAAGGAGAACGGCGGCAAGUACGUGCCCCGAGCCAUCCUGCUCGACCUCGAACCCGGCACCAUGGACGCGGUGCGCUCCGGCGGCUACGGCCAGCUCUUCCGCCCCGACAACUUCGUGUUCGGCCAGUCCGGGGCCGGCAACAACUGGGCCAAGGGACACUACACAGAAGGCGCCGAGCUGGUCGACGCAGUACUCGACGUAGUAAGAAAAGAGUGCGAGAACUGCGACUGCCUCCAAGGAUUCCAACUCACACACUCCUUGGGAGGAGGCACCGGCUCCGGAAUGGGCACGCUCCUUAUCUCAAAAAUCAGAGAAGAAUACCCCGACAGAAUCAUGAACACAUACUCCGUAGUCCCCUCGCCCAAAGUAUCAGACACAGUAGUAGAACCCUACAAUGCUGUCCUCUCAAUCCACCAACUAGUCGAAAACACAGACGAAACCUACUGCAUAGACAACGAAGCUCUCUACGACAUCUGCUAUAGAACCCUCAAAGUACCCAACCCUACUUACGGAGACCUUAACCAUCUCGUGUCCCUAACGAUGUCAGGUGUAACCACCUGUCUCAGAUUCCCUGGGCAGUUGAACGCCGAUCUUCGUAAGUUAGCCGUCAACAUGGUACCCUUCCCGCGUCUUCACUUCUUCAUGCCCGGCUUCGCUCCUUUGACUUCACGCGGAAGUCAGCAAUACCGCGCGUUGUCAGUCCCUGAAUUAACACAGCAGAUGUUCGACGCCAAAAACAUGAUGGCCGCCUGUGACCCCCGGCACGGACGCUACUUGACCGUCGCCGCCAUCUUCCGCGGCAGGAUGUCCAUGAAGGAAGUCGACGAGCAGAUGUUGUCGAUCCAGAACAAGAACAGCAGCUUCUUCGUUGAGUGGAUUCCGAACAACGUGAAAACAGCCGUAUGCGAUAUUCCUCCAAAAGGCCUCAAGAUGUCUUCCACCUUCAUCGGAAAUACGACCGCCAUCCAGGAGCUGUUCAAGCGCAUCUCGGAGCAGUUCACCGCCAUGUUCAGGCGCAAGGCUUUCUUGCAUUGGUACACCGGCGAGGGCAUGGACGAGAUGGAGUUCACGGAGGCCGAGAGCAACGUUAACGAUUUGGUCUCCGAGUACCAGCAGUACCAGGAGGCGACCGCGGAAGAUGACACGGAAUUCGAUCAAGAAGAUAUGGAGGAACUAGCCCAAGAUGAGCAGCACGACUGAGUUUGAAUCUUUAUAAUCCUGGAUAUCCCAGGCGAAAGGGAAAAGAUACAUGAUGCAUCAUCAUCAGUUAUUAGCCUAUUUUAUAUAGGUUGGUCAGAUGGUCAGACUGAAUCAGCUACAUAUUUUUGUUAAAUAGAUUAAACUGUAUCUAUUAAUAAUGAAUAUACUUCUGUUCGAGCGUUAGCGAACCUACAGUCCAGGGGAAGUUAAGUUAGCCCAAAAAUAAAUGCAGAUUAUAAAUCUUGACAAAAUCCUGAUUCCUUCUUGCUUCACAGAAUGCUUGAUGACUGUCUAUCUUUUUCCUUUCGCCUGUAUCUUAAAUAUACUCUAUGAUUAUAAUAAUAUAAUAUAUUUUUAUCAAAAUUAGAGGCUAAGUCGGAAUUCUCAAACUAUAACACCGAAGUGUGUUUGGAACCAAUAUAAAGGCACUGAAACUAGUCAGUCCAUACUGACCGGUCGUCGAUGUGCUUUAUUAAUAUUUUAAAUUGAAAUGAAACGAAGUAUUAUUCUCGAAGUAAUAUAUGUCUAUUCGGUAAUCGAUAGAAAAGUACCAAUCUGUGCAUUUCUUAUUAUUAAGUCAUUUGUCUUGUAUGCUUUUAUAUAUUAAUUUAUAAAUAAAUGUUUUA